AUGCAAAUCUUCUCUCUCCUCCCCCUCCUCCCACUGCUAUGGCAAGCAACCGCACAACCCUUGAAAUCAUCAACCCGACAAAAAUGCCAACAAAACCCCACCCACUGCCCAGCAGGAACAAUAAUAGUCGGCAACAGCACAACAGCAGACUUCCCAACCCUCCAAUCAGCAAUAACCUCCCUGCCAGACGACACAACGCCACAAAUAAUCCUCCUCCUCGCCGGCAUCUACGUCGAACAAGUAAAUAUCACCCGCGCAGGCCCAAUAACACUCCUGGGGCAGACGAAAUCUCCGCACGACGCAUCCAAGAACGAGGUCACGCUCACCUGGGCGGCCGCGAAUAAGGACAGCACGGGACAGAGCGUCGAUAAUGUCUUCUCGAGCGUACUGGUCGUUGCGCCGACGCUGGAUGCGUCCUUGACGGGGUCUGGUACGACGGGUUUUGCGGUGCCCGAUGAUACGCCGUUUGGGAAUUCGGAUUUUAGGGUCUAUAAUGUUGACUUUCGGAAUACUUGGGCUGAGUACUCGGAUGGGCCGGCUCAUGCGCUCAGUUUUAGUCGAGCUAAUGGUGGGUUCUAUUUUUGUGGGUUUUAUUCUUAUCAGGAUACGGUCUACGUAGGCAAACUCGGUAACGCCUACUUCUACAAAAGCAUAAUAGCCGGCCAAACAGACUUCAUCUACGGCUUCGGCACAGCCUGGAUCCAAUCCAGCAAACUACAACUCCGCUCCUGCGGCGGCGGGAUAACAGCCUGGAAAGGCACGAACACGACCUUUGAAAACAAGUACGGCGUGUACAUCGUCGACUCGACCGUGCAGGCCGCCAACGCUUCCAUCGCGGCUGAUAUCAAGGGUGCGUGUGCGCUCGGUCGACCGUGGAACUCGCAGCAUCGCUCGAUCUUUGCGAGGUGCUAUGAGGAUGGGAGCAUUGAGCCCAGUGGGUAUAUUGAUUGGGUUGUUUCAGGUGUGGCGAGGUAUGUGAAGGGGACGACGCUUAUGGCGGAGUAUAGGAUUAGUGGUCCGGGGUUUAAUAAAACUGGGAGGGUGGAGGGUGGUGUUACGGCGCUCUUGACGAAGAGUGCUUGGAAGGGGUAUAGUGAGCCGGUGAAGGUGUUUCAGGAUCAGGAGGGGGUUUUUGGGGACGUGGAAUGGAUUGAUUGGGAGGUUGUUGGUGGAGAGUAG